AUGUCUCUGCUUCCCGGGCUUACGGAGUUCAAUAAUCACGGUAUCGAAGUGUUCAACAACGAUCUCUACCGCGUCCACCGCUGCUUUCAAGAUGCAGUAACGCGUCCUGUCAAGAACGAAGACGAGCGCAAGGCUCUUAUCAAGGCAGCCUUCCAGUUUGAAGAACGCGGCCUCAAUCGCAUUGCGGAUGAGUUCCGCGCAAAACAUACACAUCGACUAUUCCCUACCGCUGUCGGCAGUCUUUGCGCUGCGGUUUCCCGCCUUGCACCUCCGGAGAUCCAACCUGAUGCUUGGAUUCUAUCCGCAGAUGAGCUUGCUCUCUGGGAUAGUUACAAUUUGCCGGCCUGCAAUCUUCGUCUUUCUCCCAACCAAAACUACUUAAGUGAAGUAGCCCCUCUUGCGGUAUUCAGUCCUCCAGCUUGGACUCCCGAAUAUCGACGUUCCUUGGAUCUCGCCCAACGGCGUUCACUUUCCGCAAAGAAAGCUCGGCCUCCACCUUCUGAAAGUUCCGAAGUCGAAAUCGAAGCGGUUCCGCCUAUCAAGAAGCCUCGACUUUCUUCUUCCGCGAAGAGGACAUCGACAACUGAGCCAGAAACGGCUUCCGAAGACGGUGUUGACAAUGCCGCUGAAGAUGACGAAGAAGAGGACGAUUCCGGCGAAUCCGAAGUGGAUGAGCUAAGGUCGUCUCCCCCUGUCCCCAUGACUAGGCCAACGCGAGGACGGGCUCGAGGAUCCAGGCGGGGCAGAGGCAGAGGUAGGGUAGAGGUGAUCAUUCCAAACCGGCCUCGCCCAAAACCUCUUCCAAAACCUGCUCCUUCUCGUCGAUCCACUACCAUCCGCGAAGAUGAAAGGCCAUCUCCUUCAGUUCCUCUGACCGUCGAAGGUCGUCCGACCACGCGCAGUACCACGGCUGGCUCGUCCAAGGCUCCUCCCGCUUCAUCCAAGAAUACUGUCAGCGAGAAGGGAAAAGGCCGGGCGGUUUCAAUAAGCCCUCCGCCUGCCAAAAAGAACAUCCAAUGUCGGCGUACGGACAUGGAGUCGCAUGAUGUCAAGCAUCCGUUAGCGCGGUCCUCCGUUGAAGUUCCCUAUCGCUUCGAUGUUCCUCGCGGGGAAGCAUUCUCCCUCCGUGAUAUUUUGGAGUCUGGGCGAUCUAUGAAAGCGGAGAUGCGGAUUUCAUGCUUGACAUGCAUUAUUGCCCGCGUGAGUGCAACUAUGUCGGCCGACGAGGCCUUUUCUCAGAUGGAUCAGGUUCGAGCUUGGGGUGCACCCACUCCUGGUCACUUCCACGAGCGCAUGGUCGAGUUGACCCGGCUUCUCGAGACUCAAGACCGACUCUCUGCGACUAUCCGUUCUCUUGCCGACACCCUUUCCCUUACUCGAAAGAGUAUUACGGACAAGGAGUCCGAAAUUCGUCAAAUCGCCGCCAACCCCAAAAUCGUGUUGGAGUACCUUCAGCUACAUGCUGAGGGGCUUCAACUCUCGAGGGAGUCCAUCCGCGGUCUAGGUUGUCUUUUCGAAUGGCCCUUGGAGUUCAACUUCGCCGAAGACUUUCGCGAGGUGUCCGUCCAAGGAUCUCAAACAGUGUUCCGGAACCUCAAGACUCAAGAAACCUUUUCAGUUGAUUUGAGCGGAUAUUCUAUUCGUCGUCCUGAGUUUUCCCCGCUUCACUUACGAUUGACUGCGGCACUUCCCGGAGUUGCCGAGAGCACUUCCGCCACCGUUCUCGAGGAACAGACGGUCGAAGAGGAGGUUCGAGUUGAGGACGACGAAGAGGUUAACAACCCUAUGGUUGUUGACGCUCCAAGUUCUUCAGCUGAUCCGCUUGGUUCUCCGCUCGAAUUCGCUCUCAAUCGGACUUCGCCGAGGUCUUUGGAGACCGGGACUUCUUGGCUUUAUACGGGCCCUAUAUAUAUCUUUCUUGCGUAUCUUGUAGACUACUUGUAG